AUGUAUAACAAGCUGAUUUUAUCUUUGGCCAAACAGUUCCCCAGAGUGAAAGAGGUUCCCUGCAGCAUCUUCUUGGGUCCACCAGACGAAUGGAAUGAUUCUGUGCAAGCUCUUUCAGAACUGGAGAACAUCACAGAGGAAACAUUCGACUACACGGACUGCAGUAAGCUCAGGGCUCGUGGGUUUGACAUUCCUACUACAGAUGAGGAAAACAGGUUUCCAAUUGCCUUCUCCAUCAUCGUCUACACGAACAUGCAGAGAUUCACCCGUCUGUUCCGAGCGGUCUAUCGUUCAUCUAACGUCUACUGCAUCCAUGUCGAUCAGAAAUCCACUCAUGAGUUUAAGGAAGCCGUCUACAAUUUGACAUCCUGUUUCGAAAAUGUCUUUGUGCCCGAGGACGCCAUCAGCGUUUGGUGGGCAAGUCCCAGCACCUUGGAGGCCGAGAUGGUUUGUCUGAGGUCCUUGUGGAGGCACCAGAUGAAGUGGUUGAUCCUGAUAAACCUGACCGGAGAGGAGUUUCCACUGAGAACAAAUUUGGAGCUGGUCAACAUACUAAAGAUCAUGGCUGGACGGAAUGAUGUUUGGCUAGACCCCUGCACGCUGGACGGGCCGGGCAACUGGACAUCGAAUGACUGUAUAUUUCUCAGCGAAAAGGGAUUCGCUGAACGUUGGGAAAACCUCACUGCAGCCCCCUACAACAUUCACCCCUUCAAGGGGCAGAUCCACGCAGUUCUCUCCCGUGACGCUGUCGACUAUAUACUACAUGACCCUGUGGCAAAGGAGCUCUAUCAGUGGAUUAGCAAAGCCUUUAUGCCCGACGAAUUGUUUUUCUCAACAAUCAACAGCAACCCUCACCUGAAAGUUCCGGGUUCAAAUCCAGAUCCUCGUAUCCGGAAACGAAGCAUCGCAAGAGUCAAGCUAUGGAAGGACAGACACAAGAGCACCUGGCCCUACUGCAGCAUGUACCAGAGAUUCGUCUGUCUACUGACGGCUCGAGAGCUAACUCUGUUGACCAACUCUAAGCAGCUAGUGGCAAACAAGUUCAAGGCCAGCUUCAGGCCUGUGGGCUACUCCUGUCUGGAGCAGUGGUACUUUGAACGCGUGCUCCUCGAGCUUCAAACAGGUCAUCUACACAUGGACUUGUCCGAUUAUCAUCACAUAUUUCCUCACACUAAUGACACCAGGUAG